AUGGAAGUUACAGAACCUCCCACCUCAAACAAUGAAGAAGACGACGACGUUUUCUUCGACGCCCUCGACGACUUCCCCUCCACCACCGAUCAAUCAGAUCAGUUCACGUCACCCUCCACACUAUCUUUCCCAGACUCCACACCUUCUCAGGCCACCAGCCUCCGCCGCCGAUCAUCUCGCCGAGCAAUCUCCGGCGACGAUUCGAAGACUUCCACUUUAGAAUCCACUCUCAGCUCCGAAAUUGACUCGAUCAACGACACGAGGCUGAGUAUCAGAGCCAGAAAAUUUAAGCUUCGCCGGAGUUUGAAGGAGCCCGAGUCGACUCGGGACGGAGUCAGCUCAGUGCAAGUUCCGAGUGACCAGAACAACGAGGGUUCGACUGUAACUACUGCCGGGAAUGACGACAUAGUUGGUGAAUCGGCCGACUCGGCCGCACAACUCGGUGACUCUUCUUUUAACCUUCUUGUGUUUUUGGCCGGGAUGAUAAUCAAGGCAAUUGGGCUCCAAAUUAACUUAUUCAUUAGCAUCUUUACAUUUCCCAUGUGGAUUUUGCACCAUUCUUACAUGCUUGUCAUCGACCCCUUCCAAAUUGUGCGUCGAGGCCGAGAGUAUUUGAUCACAGAGGUGUUAAAUUUAUGGAAAUUGGCUGGUGGGUAUGUGAGUCCCCUGGUUUUCCAGUGGUUGAAGGACAACAACUCGGUCUGGAAGGUGGCAUUGCGAUGUGGGUGGGGUUUGUUUUGGUCAUGCUAUGUUUGUUUCGUUUUGUGUGGUCUUUUGGUCACGUCGCUUGUGUUUAGUGGAGUUUUGAUGAGGAGCAUCGUGGCCGAGCCAAUGCAUAUGAAGGAUAUGUUGAACUUUGAUUACACUAAGCACAGUCCGGUGGCCUAUGUACCGGUAAUGUCGUGUGCCGGUGCCAGUUGUGGUGCGGAUUGUAAAGAAAAGGUUCAAGCUGGGGAGAGUUUCGGGUUUCGAGCUAUACCUCGUGGUCACAAAGUGGCGGUCACUGUUUCAUUCGUAUUGCCUGAAUCAGAGUACAACAGGAAUCUUGGGGUCUUUCAGGUCAGGGUACAGUUCCUGUCUGUCUAUGGUAAAACCCUUGCCAGUUCAAGCCAUCCAUGCAUGUUACAAUUCAAAAGCGAGCCUAUCCGCCUUCUAUUGACUUUUCUUAAGGUUGUUCCUCUUGUUGCCGGCUAUGUUUCGGAAUCCCAAACUCUGAAUCUGAAGUUCAGAGGGUUUAUCCAAGGUGAAGUUCCUACUGCCUGCUUAAAGCUGACAAUUGAACAACGUGCUGAAUAUCAGCCUGGUGCCGGUAUUCCCCAAAUAUAUGAUGCAUCGGUGACCCUUGAGUCAGAACUUCCACUAUUUAAAAGACCAUUAAUUAUUCCAAAAGCAAGACCAAGGGUUGGUUCUGUUAGCAGCAGUGCCACUCAAAGCAGCCUCCCAGACACUAGACAUAACCAGUGGAAACCAGAUAGAUUGACAGCUCCGUUCUUGGAAACUCUUCAGAUUAUGACAGUAAAGGUGAUAACAAUCAAACACUGCAUCAGAACAUGUUUUCAUUUUGCUGCUUCAGGUCACUCUACUGUUGUCUCACCAAACAAUGGAAAGUGA